CGCACCGCGAGCCCAAGAGCCGGCGGCGGCGGCGCACGGGCGCCUCGCCGGGGAGGCAGUGCAGAGGGGCGGCCGUCACGCUUCUCCGCGGCCCCUCCGCAGGGCGCACGCACACCCACCGGCGCUCCAGCGCUCCCCGGCUCUCAGGGAGACCCGUGGGCCGCUGCGACCGGCGGCGUGAGGGGGCCGUGCCGGGGGAGGGCGGGCCAGGCUGGGCCGCGCCCCGCCCCGCCCCGUCCCGUCCCGUCCCGUCCCGUCCCGUCCCGUCCCGUCCGUCCCGUCCCGUCCCGUCCCGUCCGUCCCGGCCCUGCACGGCGGCUGGCGCGCGGAGGACGGGCCAUGAGCGGGUCCCUGCUCCGCGGCCUGCAGCUGUGCGCGGCCCGCCCGCCCCUUCGGCCUCUCCUAGCCUCAGGGGGACUCCAUAGGUGUCCCCGGGUGGCAUACAGCAGCAAGGAUGAGAGCACUGCCAGGCCUGUUGGGCGCUACCCUGUACCCAAUAAGAAGGACAUGCCAUAUGACAUCGUGGAGCUCAUGGAAGAGGUGGAAAUGAAGGCUGGAUUUCUGCCCAAUGUGUUCAAAGCCAUGUGUCACCGACCUGCUGAAUUCAGAGCUUUUUUUGCUUAUUACAACGCCAUUAUGAACAAAGACACCGGGCGGCUCAGCAAGGCAGAUAAAGAGCUCAUAAUUGUGGCUACAAGUACUGUGAACAGAUGUCCCUACUGUGUGAUUGCACAUGGAGCCUUUCAUCGGAUAUAUUCCAAGCAGCCAGCGCUGGCUGACCAGGUCACUGUGAACUGGAAACUGGCUGACCUGAGCGACCGGGAACUGGCAAUGCUGGAGUUUGCUCUAGCAGUCUGUCAGGCUGAUAACAUCACUGAAGAGCAUUUCCAGAAGCUGGAGAGGCACGGUUUUGACCGUGAAGAUGCCUGGGACAUAGGCAUGAUUUCUUCUUUUUUUGCCAUGUCUAAUCGCAUAGCUCAUUUUAUUGACCUGCGCCCGAACGAGGAGUUCUACAUGAUGGGCAGGGUGCCCCACGGAGAGAAGGAGCAGAGCUGAGCGUGCCUGACACUGCUCUUCACAGCUGUGCAUCUGAAAGAUUGAUCCAGCUCUUAAUUCUAAAGCUAGU